CUAAUUCUGCUCUGUCAGACAAUACCUAAUUUCUAAACCUUAUAUACAUUUUUUCACACUUUCUUCUCAAUAAUGUUCUUCAUUAGGAUUUUAAAUUUCACUUUAAACAAAUGAAUUGACAAAUUCAUUUUUAUUUUUUUAAAAGGACUAAAAUUGUGGUUCAUCAUUAUGAGUGUCAACAAAUAGUGAAGUGUUUUCACUAAAUAGCAUAUAUCGAAAGAAUAAGUGUCCUUUAAAUUCUUUCAAAAAUGGAGUACAAGAUGAAACUUUUUUGGAUAAUGUGCUUCCUAAAUGGUCAUGUGUUUGCAAUAAUAAUACCAAUUGAAAAUGAUGAAAAGCCAACAGAAUUUGGACAAAAGAAAAUCACAAAAGAUGCAGAAGAUUUUUUAAUUCAAAAAGUUGAAGAAGAAAUGUUGGCUUUAAAUAAAACUACCGAUCCACGUGAUAAAAGAGCUCUUGGUGUGCUUAUACAAGGAUUAGUUGAAGCAUUAGGUUGGACCCCAAUGCCAUUACAAAUAGCGUCAUUACCAAAUCCACCAACCUCUCCAGCUCCCGUGCCAUUUUUUCCAACCACAAAACCUUCUUUGCAGCCACAACAACCUCAAACUGCAGCUGCAACUCCAGCUCAAGCCAGACAAAGAGAAACACUAAGAUUAACAGGAGUUGUUAAUUUUGGAAAUAAUUCUAAUAUUCUUGGUCAUUUGCAACAAUAUGAAACCAUAUUUCAUGGUCCACGACCUACACCUCCGAUGCAAUCUACAACAUCUCGACCUCCACUGCCUCCACCUCCUCCUCCGCCACCUCCACCACCACCAAUUAUUGAUCUACCAGAUUUUGAACCAGAUUAUGAUGAACGAAGUAGACCCAGUGCUCCUAAUUUAAUAGAUGCCCGAUCACGUGACAAUGAUGUCAAUACAAAAAAUUCAUUAAAAUUCCGAUCAAAUAAUGAUGACAGUACCAAACCACCACUUCUUGUACCCUAUUUGGUAAAAAUUCCCCUACCAAUUGCUCCUAAUCUUCCACCUCUACCUUCUGUAUAUCCAUUUAAAAGUAAGUCCAAAUUUAAAAAUACAGAAGAAAUCGAAGACGACGACGACGACGACGAUGAUGAUGAUAAGAAGAAUUUUAACUUUAAAAACACCGAAGACGAUUUUGACUUUAAAAAUGAUGACUUUUUCUCCAGAAAUGAUGACAAAUUGCCAGAUGAUGAAGACUUUGAAUAUCGAAAUAAAGAAAGUAAAGAAAGCUACAACGAGGAGAGUAAGGAAAUUUUCAGUGACAAGGAAGUGAUGGAUCCAUCCAGAACCCUUAAAGAAGACUUCUCUUUCGACGACAAUCCUUCUAGCAAAAAGGAAAAAGCAUCAGAAUUAUCUAAAAAUAAACCUUUUAACAAUAAUAAACAACAAACUGAUGAGCAUUCUGACGAAAAGGAUAAAAUCCAACAAAUAGAAAAAGAAGAAUCUGAGAAUUCAGAAGAAAAAAUUAAUUACAAUUCGCAAGAAAAUAAUUCAAGAGAGAAAAUCAAUUCAAAUACAAAAGAAAGCAAUUCAAAAGAAAUCUAUCAUUCAAGAGAAAAUAAUUCUGAUUCUAAUGAUGGUUCAUCAGAGAAUUUAAACGAUAAUUACGAAGAAAAAUACGAAGAUAAAUCAUCGAAUUACGAGGAUGAAAAUGAUUCCAGUGAAAGAUAUGACGACGAAUCAUCUUCUGAGGAAUAUUCCCGAAAUCCUUCAGAGGAAUCAACAGAAUAUGGUGACUAUGAGGAAGGAUCAAUUAAAUAUAAACAGUACAAAAAACCCGAACAUUCAUCUGACAGUACAGAAAGGACCAUAAAUAACAAAGAUGAAUCCACUACAAUCGAUUUUGAAGAAAACGAAAAAACUACCGAAAAAUAUAACAUUCAAUUCAAUAAUGACGAGUAUCCAUCAACAGUUCUACCCAUUAAUUUUGAUCGUGAAAAAAGUAGAACAAACGAAAUUCUACGAAAUAGUUAUGGUGAGAGUCUGGAAAAACAAGGAAUCAUCGACGAUAGAAUAGCCGAUUAUUUCACUAUGUUUAAAAAUCCAGAUACUGGAAUCUACGAUAUCAAUAAAUUGCAAAAUGUAGAAAGUGAAUCAUCAUUGAGAAACAGAAAAAAAGUUGAUAAUCCCAAAACGGACAAUUAUAUCCCCGCUGAAAAUAAAUACGAAGAAUACGAUCUUAAGGAAAUAGAACCAAAAAAAAGUAAGUCAUUAAAAAAAACCAAUUUCGUUGAACCGAAAACAUUAUUUCUUUCAACGGAUGAUGCUAAACCAGGAAUUUCUAAAUCUUCAAGAUUUAAUUCGAAAAUAAAUACUCCUAGAAUUGAUUAUAGAUCAAAUGCAACAAGUAUCAUUUCUAAAUACGAUAAACCAUUACGAAGACGUCCUACUUAUGUUUCUAAACACAAUUCAACUCUAAUUCCAAAUGAUACAGUACCGGUACCUAAAUAUUCUAAAAAUGAGAGAAAAAUUUCGUCAACAACUGGAAGACCUCAAUUUGAAGAGUAUAAACCAACAACGACUAAAGGAAAAAAAUCCAGAAGACGUCAAUUUAACAAUACAAUUCCUGUUGCAAACGAAUCACAGCAAUUACAAAACAAUAUAGUAAAUAUUCCUAGACGAAAGGAAGAUAAAAAACCUGUUUUUAAAAGCAAGAAAUUUCAAGAAGAUUACACAACUUCUAUACCUAGAAGUAGAGAAUCACCUAUUUCAAGAAAUAGAGAUUUCGUACCACCAAUCAAUAGAGAAACAACUCCAAACAUAUCACCCGAAACACAAGAAUUUCAGGAUAUAUUUCUUCAAACAACACCUUACUAUCCACCUACUUAUGAGACAAUAGCUCCCGAAAAUUGGAUCCUAAGACGUUACGAACCUGUCGAAAAUGCUAAACAAUAUCAGCAACAUCCAUUUGAUUAUUUGCCAUCAUCAUCAUCAAAUACCAAAACAAAAAAUAAUUACAUACAAAUUCCCAAUGAGCGAAUAAUUGCUAAUUACAGUUCCUAUCCAGAAAAUUCUUUUUCUCAAAACAAUCAUAAACGAGGGAGAUUAUCAUCUAAAGUCACCAAACAUAAAACAAUUUCAAAACUACCGGAAGAUACAAAACUCAAAGAAGAAGAAGAGUCAGUAAAAUCAAAAGAAACAGAUUACAAAACUGCUCUUCCGGAAAAAGUACAAAUCAAAAAUCUUCACGAAAUUAAUGAAGAUAAAAAAUUUACAGCAUGGCCAUCACCUUUUGAUUAUGUUUUUGAUGGUACUGUGAGUACAAAUGUCGUUCGUCCAUCAGUAACAUAUCAACCAUUAACUGCAGUUCUUAAUGCAUACGAACAACCAAUUAUCACAACACCUACAACAUUCUAUUCCUCAAAUCGAAGAUCAUCAUCAAAAUCCGAAAGAAUAACUGAUCGAAACUUUACACCUCGACAAAAAAAUAAAAACAAUCAUCAAAGAAGACAAGGAAUUGAUGAAGAAAUUAUAGAGUCAUCACUUGAGGAACCAUAUCCAUUAAGAAAUUCACGUAAAGAGGAAACAAAAGAUGAUUAUCAAUCUGAAUACGAAUCAUCUGAUUCAGAAUCUUCUUUCGUUGAUCCUUAUGAUCUACCAGUUGGUGGUGUUCAUUCCCUUCACUUUUAUCAACCAUCUCAAUCGAUUAUCAAAACCGAAAGCACUGUUAAGGAACCAUCAACAAAGAACGAUGAUUCAACUUUCAAAUUAAAAAUGCCAAAUGAAAAGGAAACACCUGUCAAUAAUCGUCGUGAAAAAGCUAGCUAUGAACGUGUCCAACCACCUUCAACAAAUUGCUCACAAAUUUCUAGAAGAAAUAUAAAUCGAGGAACCACAAAUUGUAGAGAGGGAAGAAAAACAACAAAUCAAAAGGAGAGGAAUGACAGUCGAGAAAGAGUGAUACGAAAACGAAUGAGAAGUACAGGAAAAACGGGAAGAGACGCUUCGUAAAAAUGAAUUGGAAACAAAAAUGACCGAAGUUUUGGAAAAUUUAAAAACACGAUUGCUAGUCGAAUGAUUAAAUAUGACAAAAAUGUGAUAGAUUAAAACGAAUUAUAAAUUAUUAUAUUAAAAUAUAAUUAACAAUUUAUAGCUUUUAUUACUUUUUAAUAUUCGUUUAUAUUAUGCUUUUGUUGAAAAAAUUUGUCUUCUAUGUUUAGAAAAUGUUAAAUCAUAAUUAGUUAUUAUUUUAGCAUUUAUAUAAUAAUUUUCUUUAUAUUCGUUGCGAGUGUGACUUAAAAGAUGUUUUUUUAUGUUUGUUGGCAAAAAUUCAAAAUUAAAAAAAAAUAAUUAAA